UUGUUGGCCACUGGCAACUUACAAUUGACCGUGGUUAUUGAGCCGUUUUAGUGGGACUGGAAAGUUUUAAACUGUUUAUAUUCUUGUAAAUAUUUAAAUGCUGUUUGGAUUAAUAAAAUUUCAUUUUCAUCCUAAUGCUGUUACUACAAUUGUAGCAUUUGUGUUUGUGAUUGUCUCUUGGUAUAAUGCUGUAAGUUUGGGAAAACAUUUUGCUAGUAAAACCUGCAAUUAAUACAAUGCCCUUCACUGCUGAUUCUAUUGCUGCACAGCAGGUGCAAGAAUGUUUAAAGUCUUUGUAUAGGUUAGUGCACGACAUCGAGAAGAAACGUCAGCAAAGUGAAAAUGGAAUUAAUACAAUUAAUAAAUUCAAUAGUCAAGAUGAAAGAAGUAGUUUUAUGCAAACCGACAUCAAGAGUGUAUACAAGACUGCAAUGUUACAAGCUGAGCAGGAGGAGGAGUUACUACGGAAGGCUUUACAAAAAAUCUCAGACAUUAGGAACAUAAAAAAUGAACGACGUAUACAGGCACGCAAUGCCGGUAAUAAAGAAACCAUACGAAGAGGAGCAUGGAUGAAGAUGCUACUGAGUUCCGCACAGACAUUACCACUUUUUGUUAGCAAAAUUGGUGAGAAACCACCACCCUUGUGCGGUGCUGUGCCGGCUGAACCUAAUUACUUUGCAAAGGUAGGUGACAUGGUUGCAGCUCUGGUCAAAGUGGCCGAAGGUGAUGGAGACAAUUGGAUUUUGGCCGAGGUUGUCAGUUACAACCAUGCUCUUAACAAAUAUGAAGUUGACGAUAUUUUAGAGGAACAAAAUCAAAAGAAACGCCACGUGUUAAGUAAGAAAUAUGUGGUUCCUUUGCCACUAAUGCGUGCAAAUCCCGAGACCGAUCCCACCGCUUUGUUCCCAGAGAGAACCGUUGUAAUGGCCUUAUACCCUCAGACAACAUGCUUUUAUAAAGCGGUCGUCAAUAAAUUGCCUCAAACUCAUACUGACGAAUACGAACUUUUGUUUGAGGACUUCAGUUAUACUAACGGAUAUAGUCCACCACUUUAUGUGGCUCAGCGUUACGUUCUUGCAAUAAAGCAGAAAACUAGGUUACCAUGACAUCCAGCUUCAGACAGUAAUAUGUCUGAUUCGGAAAAUUCAAAUACAUUGGAAUAGCAGCAUGUAACGGUCAUAAGAUAUGUGGGAUCCUAAGACCGAUUGUAAAUAUAUUUAUUGUUCUCUUAUCCAUACAGGAGUACUAUUAUUUUUGCCAUUUAUUUUGACUUAAUGUAUCAAACUUUGGUGGCGUACACGCUAGUUGUGUUCUACUCGCCGCUAGUAUUCUAGUUUUUAUUUAAUAAGCAAGUACAGUUGUGUAAAAAUUAAAGUUGUUAUUUAUUUUCAAAACGCAGCAGUUGAACAAGAGAGGGCGGAAGCGCCUAAGUGAAUUGUCUUAUAAAAUAAAGUGAAUUAUAAUGCA